AAGAAGUCACUUUUCCACGGUUCUCCUAUCUGACACGCGCUCAGUCUGGAAAAAAAAUCAUUUUUUAAAAAUCUGACAUACUUAGUUGGACUCGCGAGUUUGGAGCUGUUUGUUUUUUCUCGCGCUUACAGAAACAUACUGGAUUUUAGCUAUGACUAUCAUUAAGCCAUAUUGUGCGUCGUUUCUCUCUUUUUCACUCGAAUCGGGGAUGCAAAUCUGAUCCAAAAUGAAGUUUGGGAAGAAUAUAUGCAUCCUAAACGUUGGUGGCACCAAGUAUGCUUUCACAAGAGAAGUUAUAAAGGAUUUUCCCCUCCGACGAGUGAGCAGACUCCACAGCUGUUCCUCUGAAAAAGAGGUCUUGGAGGUAUGUGAUGAUUAUGACCGAGAGAGGAACGAGUUUUUCUUCGACAGGCACUCCGAGGCGUUUGUCUUUAUUAUGCUUUAUGUGCGAUCUGGAAAGCUCAGGUUUGUCCCGCAGAUGUGCGAGCUUUCCUUUUACAACGAGAUGAUCUACUGGGGUUUGGAGAGCUCACAUUUGGAGUUUUGCUGCCAGCGACGAUUGGAGGAUAGGAUGUCCGACACUUACACGUACUUUUCAGAGGAGGACAUCAAGGCUGAGGUGGAGUCCAGAGGUGAGGAGGAUCAGGUCACCAGGUUCGCCUCCGAGAGAGGGAACGCGCGGUGGCUGGAGAGGAUGCGGAGGACUUUUGAGGAACCAGCUUCCUCAGUCGCUGCGCAGAUCCUGGCAUCAGUGUCAGUGGUUUUUGUCAUUAUGUCUAUGGUCAUCCUCUGCGCGAGUACUCUACCGGACUGGGAUACAGCAAAAAACAAUACAGUCGAAGAACACAGGUACAUGCAUGAAUUCAACUUCUGUGGUCUGUGGAUCAUCGAGGCAGUAUGCAUUGGCUGGUUCACUGCUGAAUGCAUAGUGCGCUUCAUUGUCUCAAGGGACAAAUGUGAGUUUGUGUGCCGCCCCCUUAACAUUAUUGACCUCCUGGCGAUCACUCCUUACUACGUGUCUGCCGCUGUGACAGCACUAACAGGAGAAAACCCUCAACUACAGCGAGCAGGAGUCACCCUGCGCGUACUACGAAUGAUGCGAAUCUUUUGGCUAAUCAAGCUGGCGCGUCACUUCCUCGGGCUGCAGACGCUCGGCCUGACACUGCGCAGGUGCUACCGCGAGAUGGUCAUGCUGCUGGUGUUCGUUUGCGUCGCGAUGGCGAUAUUCAGCGCCCUGGCACAGCUUUUGGAGCACGGCCUUGACCUGGAGACUAGCAAUGAGGACUACGCCAGCAUCCCGGCAGCCUGCUGGUGGGUUAUUAUCUCCAUGACGACCGUCGGCUAUGGAGACAUGUACCCCAUCACCAUUCCGGGACGCGUGCUGGGUGGCGUGUGCGUUGUGAGUGGCAUUGUGCUGCUGGCUCUGCCCAUUACCUUUAUCUACCACAGCUUUGUGCAGUGCUACCACGAACUCAAAUUCCGCUCAGCACGCUGCGUGCGAAGUCUCUCUUCUGAGUUUCUCAACUAACUGUAGCAUAGAUCGUACUGAGAACCUGCUGGUCUUCAGUGUAGUAACAUCACCUGCUCUUCUGUGCCUUUAUGCUGAACCAAGAUCUGAAAUAUAGUGAAAUAAUGCGCUACUUCUGAUGUGGAAAAAUCAGCAUUUAGACUCUCUUUGCGAAACUAUUAUAUCCAAAUAAUAACACAAGUACCUCUGUACUCAAGGACACAUUCUGGAAUUCAUUGAUUUUGGACAAUACAGGCAUUUGGAACAAUUUCUGACUUACAGAAUAAGACAAAAGAGACGAAUCCCCAGCUCAAAGCUGGAAAGUGCACAAUAAAGCAUUACAAUCCAAAGGAAAUACAAUAGCCAAUGUUUGUGUUGUAAACCCCUUCCUGUGUGAAUGAAGAAAACCGAUCCAACAGCAUUUCCCUUGUAUGAAAUGGACAACUGUGGCAUUUGACGACUACAGAUGGCCAGGCUGCCUAGAACGGGCAUCUGGCGGGACCUUGUGUCCUGACAGUGCUCCAGCCUAGAGGGAGCUUACACGAAUUCUCAUGUUUCCAUGGAGAGGUCCCUCCGACUUGUUAAAUCAUUAAUUCAGCUCCCAAUAAAGUGAUAAAGCAAGGGGAACUAAAGUGAAAGGUUUUAGAGUGGCCAAAUAGAAGCAUUUGAGCAUGAUACGGAAGCGCAAGUACUGUGAAAAGGCCUGCUCACACUAAGGACGGUAACUGUAAUGAUAACAAUAAAGAUAAGUGCCCCUGCAGUCACAAAUUUUGUCUCUUAAAACUCAUUUUUAAUAGCAAAAUGAUCAUUUUCCUCCAUUAAAAUAUGUUUUAUCUUAAAAUGGCUUGAAUAUAACUUUAAACGCUUACCUCAUUUAUAGUAUAUAUGACCCUGGACUACAAAACCAGUCAUAAGGGUCAAUUUUUCAAAAUUGAGAUUUAUACUUCAACUGAAAGCUGAAUAAAUAAGCUUUCCAUUGAUGUAUGGUUUGUUAGGAUGGCUGAGAUACAACUAUUUGAAAAUCGGGAAUCUGAGGGUGCAAAAAAAUCAAAAUACUGAGAAAAUCGAUCUUAAAGUUGUCCAAAUGAAGUCCUUGGCAAUGCAUAGUACUAAUCAAAAAUUAAGUUUUGAUAUUUAUGUUAGGAAAUUUAGAAAAUAUCUUCACGGUACAUGAUCUUAAUAUUCUAAUGAUUUUUGGCAUAAAAGAAAAAUCGAUAAUUUUGACCCAUACAAUGUACUUUUGGCUAUUGCUACAAAUAUACCAGUGG